GGAGGGCGGAGUGUGGGAAUCGCGACUUGAUCUUAUUACCCGCGCGGUGGACGCUCGCUCUUUAUUACACCGCGAGACGUGAUAAUACAACUGCAAGUCAAGUCACCUCGUGGCCUCCGUUUUGUCGCGAAACUGAAAGGACGCACUAGUCGAGAACUUCUUUACAUAAGACUUUAAACUAGGCGACAUGAGGAUGCAAGUAACUGCCUUACUACUUGUCUGCCUGGGCGCUUGGAUUCGUACAGCUGAAUCGGGGCUGACCGAGGAGUUUGAUGCCAGUACCGCGUACCCCGAGGACCAGGAUGGGUCCGGAGACGACCUGGAGAUCUCGGGAUCGGGGGCCGGAGACGAAGGACCCAACGUGCCAGACUUCUCCACUACCGCGGCUCCGGCGACCAACGAGACCGAGCAGGUCGCCGUGGUGACCGAGAACGAAGGCGUUCCGGACGAGGUCGCCGGGGAGACGACGACGACGGCGACGACAACAAUAACAACAAUGACCUCUGAGGCCCCCCCCACCGAGGGCACACCCGCCACCGCUGUGCCCGCCGUCGACGUGGGUGCCACCGACGUGGGUGCCACCGACGCGACCACCACCACCGCCGCCACCACCACCACCACCCAGGCACCCGUCGACCCCGACGUGGCCGUCGACCCCUUUGACACCACCCACGCGCCCGCCGACCCCGCGGUGGCCACCACUGCAGCCCCGACCGAAACCCCCACCACCACUGCCGCGCCCGAGCAGUCCGCCGCGCCCGGGUUUCCCUGGGAGCUGCCCGAGGACCCCCUGCGGGAGACCACCCAGGCCGCCCCCGUCACCACCGAGGCGGCGGACACGCCCCCUCGCGUGAUGGGCACCUCCGUUCCCGAGGCGACCGAGGCCGGCCCCGCGGAGACCGCGCAGCCCGCCAUCCUCACCACCCAGAGUUCCCCCACGACCGCGGCGCCCCCCGUCGCCGUGGACACCGGCGUCGAGGUUUCCACCGAGACCCCCGUCCUGCCUGAGGAAGAGGAAGAGGAAGAAGAGGAGGAGGAGGAGGAGGAAACCCCCCCCGCCCCCACCGAGAAGACCGACCUGCUCCCGGCCUCCACCCCCGCCCUCGGGACCGAGCUGGACAGCUCUCAGGACGAAAUGGCGUCCGGCGAUGACGCCACCGAUUCGCCGCUGGCCACGGAGUCCGCGGGACCCCCCGGCGCCCCGAACGGCGUAGACGAGGAGGUCAUCGUCCCACAAUCCAGAGGCAACGUGAAUAAGGAAAUCCCCGACGACUCUGACAUGACCUUCGUAUCUGAGCCCGAGGGGGCAUUCUCGGAGAACCAGAGCCUCCUGGAGAGGAAGGAGGUGCUCGGAGGUGUGAUCGCCGGGGGGGUGGUGGGCCUGGCCUUUGCCAUCAUGCUGGUGUCGCUCAUGGUGUACCGGAUGAAGAAGAAGGACGAAGGCAGCUACUCGCUGGACGAACACAAACACCCCAACGGGGGCUACCAGAAAGCCCGGAGAGAGGAGGAGUUUCUGGCGUAGAGACCCCCCCACCACACCCCACCCCAC